CUAAUCCGCGAAACUCACCGCCGAAAUAUUGACGACGAGGGCGUAUACUCCCAAUUGGUUCAGCCGCCCGGCAAGAGCUACCCGGAAUGGAAGAUCGAGGGCAUGCAACGCGGAUUGGUCACACAAGGAUUGAAGGACAUGCUUGAUUCGCUCAACGAAAGGCCCAUCUACAAGAAGUCGAUCUCUGCCAUUGAAUUUGUGAGAGUACUCGAGACGGCGUUUCGGCAGCGCAUUAGUCGGCAGCAGCAGGACGCCCAGGAAUUUCUCCAAAUAGUGGCCGAGAGACUCAAGGAAGAGUACCACGCCGGCGAGAGGGCACGUACCCACGCAAGACUGGAAGCCUCACGAGCCACCUCGGUAGGUGCUUCCGUCAAUGGCGACGCAGUGCAGGAAAAGCUGGAAAACCUCAACCUGGCCAACGGUAACAGCGAAGAGUCCUCCUCGGCAUUGCCUACGCCGACGAUACCCAAGAUCCAGACCAAUGGCAUACACGCGCCUUUGGACGAAGACGAAGGCUUCCCCAUGGAAGGGAAAUAUGAAUCCCAAUCCGAAUGCCAGACCUGCGGCCACAAGACGAAGCCAAGAGAGGAGUCCUUCUACAUGCUGACUUUGAACGUGCCCCAAGUCAGCUCCACCACUCUUAGUUCGUGCUUUGACGAAAUCUUCAAGACGGAGAUGAUUGAAGACUUCAAGUGCGAGAGAUGCCGACUUAUCCAUGCCGAAGAAUCCCUCAAGAACGACCUAGCAAACGCAAAGAACGAAACUGAGAGGACCGCACUCGAGGAGGCAGUGCGCAAGUUGCGCCAUGCAAUUGACUUUGAUCCGGAACAUGUUCCUGAGGAUGUGCUCCUCCCGAACAUUGCCAAUGCGCCCAAGCGUAAAAUCGCACGGUCGACGCGCCUCACGUCCUUCCCGCGCAUCCUUGCCGUCCACCUUUCGCGGUCCAUCUACGACCAAACGUCGACCAAAAAUUCGGCCAAAGUUGCCUUCCCCGAGCGAUUGCCUCUUGGCGGCUUGCGCGAUCGUCGCAACUACAAGUUACUAGGUCUCGUCACCCACAAGGGCAGCCAUCAAAGUGGACACUACGAAUCAUUCCGACGCCAGAAUACGUAUGCGCCUUAUUCCAAUCAGAAUACCUUCCAGCCGUCAGGCAUCUACAGCAAGACAGCGAGCCCGGCGGCUACGCCCCAGCCGUCGACACCGCAACUUGACGCAAUUGCUCGGGGACACAGCCCCGCCGUAUCGACACCCGACCUUCUGACGCCGAGCUCCGAGACGGCUUCCUCUACCCGAUCACUAUCGUCAUCCGACGCUUCACCGAAGGACCGAGCCAGGAAGAGAAUUAGUCCGACGUCUGCUCCUCGCGACAGGCAGAGAGAGCCCGACUCGGCUAGCAUCCGAUCCGUACGAUCACUCACUGCAUCGGCAAAGACCACUGUUUCGAAGAUCUCGCAAAAGGUCAAUGGAAACAGCACACCCGGAGGCAGUCCACCGCGCCCCACGCCGAUGGCCGUAGUACCUCAUCCUCCUGUCCAUAAGUCCCGCAAGAAGCAGCCCGCCGAUCGCUGGUGGCGCAUCAGUGACGAGAAGGUUCGGGAGGCCAAGACGGCCGAGGUUCUCGAUCUGCGACGUGAGGUCUACUUGCUAUUCUACGAGCUCGAGAGGGAUGACAGCCCGUAGAGCGAGGCUGGCAACGUUCCCUCGAAGCCUGGAACGUUGCCGCCUGAGUUCGAGCCGUUCCGGGCCUACACGGCAACCGCCUCGAUGAAGCUCACAAUGUUGCGGUGAGCCUGGCUCGUAUACAUUCUUGAGAUUAAACGUUUCGAACAUAACGCACAUAUGCUCUUAUGCGUACACACAACAACAAUUACUUCGAAAAAGAAAGAAAAAGUGCAUCGGCUGGCGUAAUAGUCUUAUUGUUUAGGCAUCUGCAUGGUGGGCGAUCCCGUGAGGAACCCCGAUCAGCAUUUUUCGUGGUUGUUAGAAGCAUUCUUUGCAGAAUUGGCUGUUUUCCAUGUCAGAGGGGGAAGUAGAAACCUGGUUGCAAGAAAAAUGGAAGUACAUACAUAGUACAAGGGGCAAAGAUGAUGGACUUUGCGGAGACGAGGUUGGAUAAAGCUGGAUACAGCGUUGCAAAUUAUCGUCAGAAUUACAUAUCAUUCUAUGCCG